AUGGCCUUCACCGGUUGGGACUGGGCGGUGUUCGUGGGAGCCCUAUCGGCCACGCUGGGGACGGGGUUGGUUGGAGGAUGGGUGGCGCGGCGCAGGACGGAGCGGGGCGACCUGAAGGGCAAGGCUGCGAAGUUCUUGAUGGGCGGCAGGGCGCUCAACCCGCUGGCGGUGGCGCUGUCAAUCAUGGUGAGCGCCGUGUCUGCCGUGACGCUGCUAGCUCAUAUGACCAGACCACAGCAGGCUACCACAGAGACCAGACCACAGCAGGCUACCACAGAGACCAGACCACAGCAGGCUACCACAGAGACCAGACCACAGCAGGCUACCAGAGACCAGACCACAGCAGGCUACCACAGAGACCAGACCACAGCAGGCUACCACAGAGACCAGACCACAGCAGGCUACCACAGAGACCAGACCACAGCAGGCUACCACAGAGACCAGACCACAGCAGGCUACCACAGAGACCAGACCACAGCAGGCUACCACAGAGACCAGACCACAGCAGGCUACCACAGAGACCAGACCACAGCAGGCUACCACAGAGACCAGACCACGGCUGCCACAGAGACCAGACCACAGCAGGCUACCACAGAGAUCAGACCACAGCAGGCUACCACAGAGACCAGACCACAACAGGCUACCACAGAGACCAGACCACAGCAGGCUACCACAGAGACCAGACCACAGCAGGCUACCAAAGAGACCAGACCACAGCAGGCUACCACAGAGACCAGACCACAGCAGGCUACCACAGAGACUAAACCACAGCAGGCUACCACAGAGACCAGACCACAGCAGGCUACCACAGAGACCAGACCACAGCAGGCUACCACAGAGACCAGACCACAGCAGGCUACCACAGAGACCAGACCACAGCAGGCUACCACAGAGACCAGACCACAGCAGGCUACCACAGAGACCAGACCACAGCAGGCUACCACAGAGACCAGACCACAGCAGGCUACCACAGAGACCAGACCACAGCAGGCUACCAAAGAGACCAGACCACAGCAGGCUACCACAGAGACCAGAGACCACAGCAGGCUACCACAGAGACCAGACCACAGCAGGCUACCACAGAGACCAGACCACGGUAGGCUACCACAGAGACCAGACCACAGCAGGCUGCCACAGAGACCAGACCACAGCAGGCUACCACAGAGAUCAGACCACAGCAGGCUACCACAGAGACCAGACCACAACAGGUUACCACAGAGACCAGACCACAGCAGGCUACCACAGAGACCAGAGACCACAGCAGGCUACCACAGAGACCAGAGACCACAGCAGGCUACCACAGAGACCAGACCACAGCAGGCUACCACAGAGACCAGACCACAGCAGGCUACCACAGAGACCAGACCACAGCAGGCUACCACAGAGACCAGACCACAGCAGGCUACCACAGAGACCAGACCACGGCUACCACAGAGACCAGAGACCACAGCAGGCUACCACAGAGACCAGACCACAGCAGGCUACCACAGAGACCAGACCACGGUAGGCUACCACAGAGACCAGACCACAGCAGGCUACCACAGAGACCAGACCACGGUAGGCUACCAGACCACGGUAGGCUACCACAGAGAUCAGACCACAGCAGGCUACCACAGAGACCAGAGACCACAGCAGGCUACCACAGAGACCAGACCACAGCAGGCUACCACAAAGACCAGACCACAGCAGGCUGCCACAGAGGCCAGACCACAGCAGGCUGCCACAGAGACCAGACCACAGCAGGCUACCACAGAGACCAGACCACAACAGGCUACCACAGAGACCAGACCACAGCAGGCUACCACAGAGACCAGACAACAGCAGGCUACCACAGAGACCAGACCACAGCAGGCUACCACAGAGAAUACAUCGUCAUCGUCAUCUCCUUCGUAA